GUACUCCAAGUUCAGUUGGUCAGUUUCGAGUGUAAUGAUGUGCACUGACACGCAGACUGCUCUCCUCAUGUUCGAACUGUCGUGGAAACUAUCCAAGGACAGCAAACUGUUGUUGUGGUACGCAGUGGUGGGCUGCACUGAGCAAUUCCUGACCAACAAAGUGGUGGAGGACAAAUACAUGGAGGCGGUGAUUGCCCUCCAGUCACACGCCCUCCGCCUUAAUAAUCGGUCUCCUCCCCAAGUUAGUGGCAGAGCCUCGGAGACGCCCCUCACGGUCACAUUCAGGAGGGAAAUGAACAUUGUUCUCUACCGACAUUGGUCACUGUUCGAGAGUCUGUGGCACACACUCGUCCCCGCCUCCGUCUUCGGGAUAUGGAAAAUUAACGGAAGGAAACGUUUCUACGAGUUCUUUGCCCAGUUGGGGUUGGGAGGAGUUGUCGACUGGCAGGAUUCCUCCAAACUGGAGACACUGAUGGAGACGCACAUGCCCGAGUACAGACUGGAGAACUGUGGUCUGUUCAUGUCCUCCUUCACCAUCCGACAAGGCUACGGGUCUGCCUUCGCUGCCUCCGACCAUGUCCACAUCCUGUCCAGUGUGUUGAGUCAAUCGGUACUGGUUUGGGUGAAGGGUAGGAGGAGGGGGUGUCGGGGUCGUCCUACUUUGCGGAGGCGAUGGAUUAUGUGGGCUGGUGAGUGUUGUCCUCAUUCACAGCUUCGACAUCGCCAAACUCCGGUCGCCCAUUGA